CAAGUUGAUCGUUCGAUACUUUCGAAAAGUGGUAUAAGCAUGCGCAAGAAAUGCUCUUCGCGGCAUAGGAGGUAACGUCGAUUCAUGAAAGAGGGAGAGACGCCAGUCUUUAGAUAGCAUUGAACAUGGAAAGUUCGAAAUAUGACGGAUAUCAAGGUAGAUUUCGAAUGGGCAGUGAAACUAAACCGUUUUACAUUAAACUUGAUCGGACUUUGGCCUAAGGUCGCACAAAAUCCUCGGCAGAAAUUAAUGUGCAAUUUUCGAGUGCUGGUAACUUUGUUGGGAAUAAUCAGCCUUCUUAUUCCCUCUAUACAUUCCUUGAUAAAAAUUUUCGGAAACAGUUUGCUAAUGUUAGAUAAUUUACAAAUUACUUUACCAGCUAUAAGCUGCAUGAUUAGAAUCAUGAUUUUUUGGUGGAAAAAAGAAGUAUCAAUGAGAUACCUGACAAAUAUUACCGAUCCAGGCAAAGUGCUGCCAUUGCAAACAUAUUACAUAUACAACGUAAGUAACAGCCCAUUUUACGAGACAACUUUCAUCCUACAAGGUUUUAGUUUGAUGAUAACCUCAUCUGUGUACACCGGCACGGAUUCCUUCAUGGGUUAUCUGGUCUUCCAUAUUUGUGGUCAACUUGAAAACUUCAGGACACGUAUUCUUAAUCUGGAUAAAUUUAGUCACUUUGAAGAAGCACUAUCUUCUAGCGUGCAGGAUCAUAUACGUCUUAUCAGAUGUAUUAAAAUCAUCGACAAUACAUUUAACUUGAUGCUGCUUAGUCUGCUGGUUUAUUUUGGCAUACUUUUUGCUCUGUUUGGAUUUUUAUUUAUCACCAUAACGACACAAGGUCGCAAUCUCUCCAUUGCUCGACUCAUUUACAUCCUGACGGCUUUCAUUACGGGGUUCACACAUAUGUGUCUUUAUUGUGUGAUAGGCGAAUUUUUAGUUAUUCAAUGUGAUGGGAUUUACGAGGCUACUUAUCACUAUAAGUGGUAUAAUCUAAAGCCGAGGCAGACCAGAAAUCUGUUGAUUAUAAUGAUGCUAGCUAAUAAACCACUGCACCUUACUGCAGGAAAACUCUUUCCUAUGACGAUGGCUACAUUUUGCAAUCUGUUAAAAACAUCGGGUGGUUACAUAUCGGUUUUACUGGCACAUCGUAAUUAAACUGUAGACAUUUAAUUGUAUAAAACAAAUCCCC